AUGACAAAUUCUCUUUAUCUUGGAAUCGUUGGGGUUGGAGGAGUGGGAACAGCCUUAUUAGAGCAACCUGGGCGAAUUUCCAAUCCACCUAAGUUGGUGUUACUUUCCCGCUCAACGAAGACAUUAGUAGUGCAUACUCCGUCAUACUCGCCCAGUAUCCCUUUUGAAGCCUGGGAAGUUGCUGCGGCUGCACCAUCAAUAACUACCGUCGACGCUCUAACGCCAGAAGAGAUAGCCGCGUAUCUUGGUUCGGCUCCUGGCCGAUCGAUUUUAGUUGACAACACUUCGGAUCUCACGCUCGCAAAGGCCUAUCCGAUAUUUUUGAGACAGGGAAUCUCUGUUGUGACCCCAAAUAAAAAGGGGUUCUCGGCUGAUAUCUCGCUAUGGAAUGAUAUCUUUGCUUCAGCAGUGCAGGGAAAUGCAUUGGUAUACCACCAAGCAACAGUGGGAGGAAGUUUACCAGUCUUAUCAACACUGCGAGACCUAAUCGCUACGGGUGAUGAGAUUGUUAAAAUCGAAGGCGUACUUUCUGGCACUCUAUCGCUUCUCUUUGACACAUUUAUGCCAGCGGCGGGGAAGUCGGAUGCGAAGUGGAGUUCUCUUGUAGCUCACGCGUUGCAAAUUGGAUUUAUGGAGCCUGAUCCACGCGACGAUUUGAAUGGUAUGGACUUUGCGCGAAAAUUAACUAUUCUUGCGCGCGUCGCUGGCAUUCAAGUUACCGGCCCGGAGUCCUUCCCUGUCACAUCGCUCAUUCCUAAUGCACUCUUGUCUCUUCCCUCAUCUGCUGAAGGUAUUGCUCAGUUCAUGCGUGAUCUACCUAAUUAUGAUGAGGAUAUGGAGGUGGCAAAAUCGCAAGCUGAGAAAGAGGGCAAGGUUCUGCGUUAUAUUGGCAGCAUUGUUAUCUCGACUGGUGAAAUUCAGGUUGGUAUGCGACACCUUGAUCGAGAUAAUCCGAUCGCAAAUCUCAAGGGAAGUCAGAUUGUAAGUAUUUAUACGAAGAGAUAUGGGGCAAAUCCCCUGGUUCUGAAGGGUGGUGGUGGAGGUGGUGAGGUCACUGCAAUGUGCGUGAUGAGUGAUCUUCUGAAGGUUAUGGAGAGAUUGGCGUGA